CUUCUCAUCCCCUUCAUCUGCGAUUGGUCUUAUACGAAUACUACUCGGUAUUAGGUCAGCAACGGAGACUAGCCUCUGGUAACCCCACGUUUAUUUCGCCAUUUAAACCGCACUGUCCUCUUUCACAUCAAUGCUGGUUCUUGACUCAGCAGACGCCGCCCAGAGCGAGGGUGAAGGCCCUGACGGCUCAGACAAGCCCCCACUUGAUGGCAGCACUCUCCACACUUACCCCCAUCCUAGCACUUUUGUCAACGGUACCACGUUCCACUCGAUUUCACGCAUGCAACCGCCCAAGGUGGUCAAGGGUGUCAUCGGCGGAACACCGCGCUCCGCAACGCCCUCUGUAAUGGAUUCACCCUCACCAUCGGAGAGCGAGAGCUGGAGCGCUCCUUCAACCCGUCCCCCGAGCCAGGCCGCAAGCCGGGCUCCUAGUUUGUCUGGUGGUGUGUCGGGCAAUAAACUAGCCGUGCCACAUACACCAAAGACUCCUCAGAAGGGCAAAUCUCAGCAAUCAGAGAAACCGCCCUCGACGCCUACUAGCCGGUCGAGGGCACCAUCAAAUGCUCAUUCAGACAGUGGGCAGAAAUUCACUCUCAAGGAUCUCAUCACUGCUUCCGCACCGAAACUCUCACGCAAGUCUUCCGCCCGUUCAACUAGUAGCAAGAAGUCAGAUUCUGACGUGGAUCGAAAAUCGGUUGGUGGUGAGAGCGCAGCCAGUCUGACGCAGAAGUACGGUGUUUGCCAAAAGGUUGCUAUUGGCAAGGGGGCCACUUCCGUCGUUCGCCUAGCCCAUAAAUGGGAUAGAAGUGAAGAGAAGCUGUAUGCUGUCAAGGAGUUCCGGAAAAGACGAAAGAAUGAAUCAGAAAAGGAGUACGUCAAGAAACUCACUGCAGAGUUUUGUAUUUCCUCCACGCUGCACCAUGUCAACAUCGUUGAGACAGUGGAUCUCGUUCAGGACGAGAACCAACAUUGGUGUGAGGUUAUGGAAUUUUGCCCUGGCGGGGAUCUCUACGCUGCGAUCAAGAAGGGUGGUAUGUCACCCAGUGAAGUCGAGUGCUGCUUCAAGCAGAUGCUUUUGGGCGUCUCAUAUCUCCACAGUCAAGGCGUCGCUCAUCGCGAUAUUAAACCAGAGAAUCUCUUUUUCGAUACUAAGGGGCAUCUGAAGAUCGGCGACUAUGGUGCAUCGACUGUGUACCGCCUGCCAUGGGAAGCGACAAUUCACAUGUCGACGGGGCUUUGCGGUAGUGAACCGUACAUUGCCCCAGAGCAAUUUUUAGGCAAACCAUACGACGCCCGUUUAGUUGACAUAUGGGCGUGCGGUAUCGUGUAUUACUGCCUGCACUUCCAGGAGAUGCCCUGGCGUGCUGCUCAAAUGUCGGACACGCUGUAUGCGGCGUAUGUUGCAGCCUGUGCAACUCAGCACAAGGACAAGGACAAGGACAAAGACAAAGACAAGGAUGUUAUUUUCCCACCGACUGUCAACAAUCUGAGCCCACGGGCGUGCCGCAGUUUAAUCCGGAGGAUGCUUGAACCUGACCCAAAACUGCGUUCUCCGAUCGAGGACGUCGUGGCGCAUUCAUGGGUGCAGGGUAUAGAAGUCUGUCAUGCUGUAGCAAAACCCACGCACGUACAUGUGCAUGCGAUGCAGCAAGCGCAUGCGCAGAUCAUGUCAUGAGGCGCGUUCUUGCGGAAUGCCGCGUGUGCCAACAUGUAUGUUGUAACCUAAUAUGAGCCCUCUUGGAACACAGCGCUGCCUGUAUUCUUGAAGCAUAAUACACAGAGAACAGUA